AUGGCCAUGGCCGCGCGGCCGCAGACCCCCGUGCAGGACGGCUACAUGAUCCCCCACCCGAACGACCCGGGGGUGCUUAAUCGCGGAUACGGCAAUUUGAGAACCUCCUCGCGACCGAGUUCCUACGCCGGCACGGGCUCGGCCUUUCAUUACAGUCACGGCGCCCUCGAUCAGCCUCAGAUCUCCCACAAUACCCGGUUCAAAGAGGACUUCGAAACUGCCAGCCAUCGCAGCUCCCUUCAGCUUGACGGGUCCGCCGCCGGUAUCCAGCGCUCCGUCUCGCUCAUGUCCCAGGGCCGCUCGCCCACACCGUCCCGCUCCAGUACCCUUCGUAAAAAGGCCUCUCUGAGCAAGAAGGGAAGCUUGCGACGCAAUGGCAGCCGUCGCUCCCUGCGUGCUGGUAGCGUCCGAAGCCUAAGCUUGGGCGAUCGGGAAAAGUACAAUGCCGAGGGCGUGGAUGAUGUCAACAGUGCCUUUAUGGCGCCGAUCCCGACCUCCGGGAACCCGACGGAGGUGCUGGCAAAUCGGUUUCAAGCCUGGCGCAAGAUUUUAAAGGACCUGAUUCUGUUCUUCAAGGAAGUACAGAAAUCCUACGAAACAAGAUCCAAACUAUUCUUAUCCGCUUCCCACGUGAUGAACAACCAGGUGAUUCCGCCGGCCUUCUUACAGUCAGGUGGCCUGGCCGAUGCGACGGAGAUCCUUCAGCACUUCCACCGCCAAGGAUAUACCGAGGCCAACAAGGCAGUCGAGGUCGAAAUCGAAGUCAUCAGCCAAUUGACUGGUCUCCGAAGCGACCUGCAGAAGAAAACGAAGGAGAUCAAGAGCCUGUCGGGAGAUUUCAAGAACACGGUUGAGAAGGAGAUUGACGGCACGCGCAAGGCUGUCCGUAACCUGCACGAGUCCCUUGGCCUGGUGGAUACCGAUCCCUCAGCAACAUCUGGCAAGGGAGAUCCGUUCCUGAUGCGCCUCAAUGUGGAACGACAGGUCGAGAAGCAGAUUGAGGAGGAGAAUUAUUUACAUCGGGCAUACCUGAAUCUGGAGAACUCAGGCCGUGAACUUGAAUCGAUUGUGGUCAGCGAGAUCCAAAAGGCAUACAAUGCCUACGCCAGUAUUCUUAAGCGCGAAGCCGACGAGGCAUACGACACCGUGGAGAAGCUACGUGCUGGCCCCAUUUCGAUGCCCCAGGAUCAUGAGUGGAAUGCAUUUGUCUCCAGCACCGAUGAGCUGGUCGAUCCCCGGAUUCCUCUACGAAACGUUGAAAACAUCACCUACUCUGGCAAGGAUCAUCCGGCCGCGGCCGAAAUUCGUGCCGGUAUGCUGGAGCGCAAGAGCAAGUACCUCAAGAGCUACACGCCUGGUUGGUACGUCUUGUCGCCGACUCACCUCCAUGAGUUCAAGUCGGCCGAUCGCGUGGCAUGGCAGACGCCCGUCAUGUCGCUAUACCUUCCGGAGCAGAAACUUGGCUCCCACUCCCAGGAGGAUUCAAGCUCGCAUAAAUUCAUGCUCAAGGGUCGGCAGACUGGUGCUAUGCACCGCGGCCACUCGUGGGUCUUCCGCGCCGAAUCACAUGAAACCAUGACAUCUUGGUACGAGGACAUCGAGAGUCUCAUCAGCAAGACGGGUGAGGCUCGCAAUGCCUUUGUGCGCCGCCAUGUACGGAGUGUGAGCGGUCGGUCCACAUACAGUGAAGUCAUGGACGACGACGAGGCGGACCAGACUCCAUACUCCGCCGAGUCCGUGGUUCUGGCCCAGGAGCGGCCCACUUCAGCCACCCGCCAGCCCGGCGGGGCCUUCCCGAGUGAUGUUCAGAUCGACCGCCACCUUCAAGCUCCCCUGUCCCCCUCCAGCGGCGCCAGUUCGUCUGGGCGUGACAUGAUUGCGGCUGCAGGAUCACUUCCUGAUGGCACGGGUGCGGCGACUGGAGCCUCCCGGUUCUAUGAUGGCGGUGACGCGGCCAAUGGAUCGCCACAGGCCAUGAACGCCAGCUCUGCCGAUCGUUCCCGGUCCCAGAUGAGUCGGCAUGACAGCUACUACGGCGAUUGGAUCAGCCCCGCCGCUAUUGUCGCGCAACAAAAGAAGAGCCAGCUGUCGGAGACGGCCAAUAUGGAUGACCGGGAAGUUCGAUCCGAUGGCGACCACAACUCAGUUGUCGCCAUGUCCGGCGUGCUCGAGGGCCGCAACCGCCGAGAAUCGUCUGCGCCUCCGCAAGUUGCCCGUCGAGAAAGCGUGUCCACGGCCCCCACGAACACCAACGUCACCGACUACACCAACAACACCCUAGCCACCUCGCUCGACGAGAGCCUCGAGCUGGGUCAGAAUGCAGCUGUGGCCUCCAGCUCCAUUCCCACCACUAACGGUCUGGAAGAUGGUCUUGGGGAUCACGCCAAAUCUGGGGCCGACCUUGUCCGCCCGAAGCAGGACAGCGUCGUGGCCAUUGACAUGAAGAUUCCCGGCCGGUACCCACCCACCAAUGUGGCGGCCUGA